UGUCUUCUUCAGAAAAGUAUGAAAUUUAAUUGACUUUAACCAGUAUGUCCAACAAUCUGCUAAACUAUUUUGUCAUGAGUACUGGAUUCGUCUGUGUUUGGGGUGAUCAUCGGCAGUGACUAAAUGGAUUAUCAAGAUCUUCUCAAUGACACCGAAGUGGAUCUCUGUUAUGAGACUUUAAAUGUAUCCUGUAAGAAGUAUGCGCGACCAUCUGCCGUCUACAUUCCAAUGUUUAUCACCAUGAUGUCGACUACCUUCAUGACUGUCAUGGGAAAUCUGCUGGUCAUCAUCUCCAUAGGACACUUUAACCAGCUUCACACGCCAACAAACCAGCUCAUCCUGUCUCUCGCCGUGUGCGACUUUCUGCUCGGGCUGUUUGUCAUGCCGUUGAGCGCCGUCCGGUCCAUGCAGGGCUGUUGGUAUUUUGGUGACAUCAUGUGUAAGAUACACACCUGCUUUGACAUCAUUCUCAGCACAACUUCCAUUUUCCACCUUGUGUGCGUGUCUGCCGAGCGUUACUGCGCCGUGUGCAGCCCGUUGACGUAUCAGAACCGUGUCAGGUUUUCAUCUGUACUCUUUAUGAUAGCUGUCAGCUGGCUUGUUCCUGUUAUAUUUGCUACCACGAUGGUCUUUGGGGAGCUCAACCUCCAGGGCAGCAGGAGCUUCUACGAAACUCAUGUUGAGUGUGCGGGAGGGUGCCACGUUUUUUUUGGCCAUGGUUCAGCUGUGUUCUCCUCGAUGGUUUCUUUCUACAUUCCUGGCCUGAUCCUAAUUGGGAUAUAUUAUAAAAUCUACACGGUUGCUUUAAACCAGGCAAGAUCCAUUAGUCUGCUGUUAAGUCAGCUGAAGAGAGAUUAUCCGUUGGGUGAUGCACGACAUCGAACGCAAAAGGCUACGAUAACCAUCGCUAUCGUGGUUGGAGUUUUCCUUUUUUGCUGGACUCCAUUUUUUGUCUGCAACAUCAUGAAUCCUUUUAUUGGCUACACCAUUCCUCCAGUCCUGAUUGAUGCGCUUGUUUGGUUUGGCUAUGUCAAUUCCACUUUAAAUCCAUUCAUUUAUGCAUUCAUGUAUUCGUGGUUUAGAAAGGCUGUGAGAAUCAUAGCAACUGGAAAAAUAUUUCAAAAUAACAGUAGUAGAAAACAGCUGAACAUGUAACUGAGUUUCUGCUCUAAAAAUGUUAUGGGGUGAGCCAUCUUAAAAAAGACAAUAAAUGUACGCAUCCAUUUUGCAAUGAUUUUCCUUUCAUGCUAAAAAGUGAAGGUGCCAUAGAAGAACCAUUUUUGGCUAAAUGGUUAAACAAAGAACAGUGCGAGCCUGACGUCAUCCUCCACCUAUAUGCAACUUUGGUACUUUGUUUCAGUUUUGUCACUUUUGGAAUAUGGAAGAAGUCAUUUACGGCUAUCCUACCAUAUAUUAAGUUAUCACACUUUUUAGGGGCAUGUGAUGACCCAUUGAGUUCUUAUCAGUGAUUCUGCGCCCCACUGUUUGAGAACGACUGUACUAGAGACAUCUUUUAUUUCCCUUGUGAUUCUUAGUGACCGAUGAUAAAAUCAGAUUUGAGGUAUGAUUUUGCAGGUAUGAUUCAAGGUUUACAUUGUUUAUCAUUAUGUGUGUUGCUUGGCAAUGAAUGGCAUGGCUUUUCCAAUUGCUUUUCUCCACUGACAAACUAUGAUUGAGAAGUCAUAGCUCAAGUAAAUAGCAUUUUAAUUCAUUUUUAGUAAACAGUUCUUGUGAUGGACAUAGUGAUGGCAGUUGCACAGCUGUGAGAUACACAUUCACCUCUUAAUAUGUCUAGCAUCAUUAUAAUGCUCAGAAUUUACUUUCAAACUCACUGUUCUGUCCAAUAGUGACCCAGCCCUGGGUUAAAAACAACCCAGCAUUUUUUAGAGUGGCUUUGUUGUACUGUACUAAGGUGCUUUUUGACUUACAAGGGUCAAAGCCAAAGCUGAGGGUGCUGUCCACCUCUUGACAUGCAUUUCAUCAUACUGUAUGUCUGUAACAAAUGCCUGGGGGCAUGUUAUGGGUAAACAGGCUGAUGUCACGAUGCACCUGAUGGAUUAUUAGUGUUGAAUGAAUUUUUUGUUUUCAUUUUAAUGACUGAUAGUGUUAAAAGUGGGAAUUCUGAUUUUCACACAUAUGAUAACCACUUUAUUAAAACUGAGAUACUGUAAGAGGACUCGAGGGGCUUUUUGUUCAUGACAAAAAUAUUGCAUCAUUAUGUAUGUAUGCAUACUUAGGGGUCAUAUGUU